AUGGGUUGGAGAUAUAAGGCGGGUUUGUUCUUGAUAGCUGCUGUUGUUGUCAUAUGGGUCACCUCCGCCGAAGUUACCCAGGGUAUAUUUACAAAUUACAAACAACCAUUUGCUGUGACAUAUCUUGGAGCUUCCCUUAUGGUAGUUUACCUCCCGGUUGCAUUCUUUAAAGACUGGCUGCAGAAAGUUCUGAACCGUAAGUCUUCAAAAGGAGGUAAAGGUUCAGAAAACAAGAAAGAGUCUUCUGAUGGAUUUAACUCUCCUCUGAACCGGAAAAUCGUUGAAAUGGAACUUCAGGGAACUUUGAGUAAGAAAGAUAGUGACUCAGCUCUUUCAUUGCAAGACGAGGACAAGCCGUUAGUCCCGAGAGGCAAAGAUGACCUGAAUUUGCUGAGAAUUGAGAAAGAACUCAGCAACAAACAAGUUGCAAAGUACGGGUUUUAUAUUGCACCACUAUGGUUCGUCACGGAGUAUCUAUCAAAUGCUGCUCUGGCACGCACAAGUGUUGCAAGUACAACAGUUCUGUCAUCAACUUCAGGACUUUUUACCCUCUUCGUUGGUGCUUUCCUAGGCGAAGAUUCUUUGAAUUUAUCGAAAGUCAUAGCUGUGCUGGUGAGUAUGGCUGGUGUUGUUAUGACUACUUUUGGAAAAACAUGGGCUGCUGAUGAGUCACAACUAAGUGCCUCUAACGAUGGAGAACGCACUCUUGUUGGUGAUUUAUUUGGCCUUCUCUCUGCAGUGUGUUAUGCACUAUUCACAGUACUUCUCAAAAAGUUUGCUGGUGAAGAAGGAGAAAGAGUUGAUGUGCAAAAGUUGUUUGGAUACAUAGGGUUGUUUACCCUUGUAGCCCUGUGGUGGCUUGUUUGGCCAUUGACCGCCUUGGGAAUAGAGCCCAAGUUUACGAUCCCACAUUCCGCGAAACUUGAUGAAAUUGUUCUUGCUAAUGGCUUCAUUGGGAGUGUCCUCUCUGACUACUUCUGGGCACUGUGCGUUGUAUGGACAACCCCGUUGGUAGCCACCUUGGGCAUGUCACUGACAAUCCCCCUCGCCAUGGUGGCUGACAUGGUGGUCCACGGUCGUCAUUAUUCAGCAAUUUACAUACUUGGCUCGGUUCAGGUGUUUGCUGGAUUUGUGAUUGCUAAUCUUUCAGACCGACUGUCCAAAACGAUAGGCUUGUAA